CACUAGAUGCCGCCACUUACCCAAUGAUUCAAAACUAAAACGGGUUGAAGCACAAUUUAGUUCAAAUUGGAACAGUACCUCGUUUCCCGAGUCCCCAUUGACACAGACCUAAUAAAACCCACAAUAAAAUCACCACACGAGGAUUCAGGGUGUACCUGUCUUCUAUCGUUUAAAUAAACGUGCAUUGUCUUUUGUAUUCAGACGCUGGCAUUUGUUCUGCACUAGUACUGUUUUGCAGUGAAGGACAAAUUUGUAGAGCCAAAAUAUUUAAUGUGUAUUUUAUACGUAUGUAUGUAAGUUGUCAGAAUUAUUGAGAAAAAUAUUUUUAUUGCAGCUCACAUAUUGAGAAAUAAUAUUUUUGAACCUGCAAAUAUAGGACUUUUAUUUUUCACACGUUGUGCUAAACCGCGACUGGUUUGAUUAAAAUCUAGACCAAAACAAGAUUACUCCGCCAAUCCGUGCCGUUUAUUCCCUUUAAAAUAAAAUAUGCAAUUGUCAGCGAGAGUGGACAAAAGUAGUUAGAUGUUGUCAUUUGUAAUGGAUUGAUUGGUUGUUGCAGGUGUUCGUAUCGUUUAAUAGCUAAAGGAGUAUAAUGGUAAUCCAGCUAGUAAUUGUUGUUGUAAUGUACCCAGAAUUGAUCUUUAUCUCUGUGGCCGUCAUAACAGUUGAUAUUCAUGCUUACGUAAUCGAUAAAAGCACUUGUCGAAACAUAGACUAUAUUAAGAGUUAUUCGGCGAUUAUCAAGUAAUUAUGAGCUCCAGUUUUCUACGUAUUGUUAUUGUUGUGCAGUGGUCCCUGAACGCACCCUUCCGCCCAGCGAUGACGUAACGACGCAUUUAGUCCGGAGUCGGCGGUGGUUCCCAUUUAUUACACCAGUACAGGGACGUUAUGUAAAGCAGAAGGUCAUGGCUUGGAAGUCGAAGACCCGCAACCUACAGGUGGUUGACACGGAGCUGAGUGCCGACACGGUGGAGUGGUGUCCCGUUCCAUCGGGCCACGACAUCCUGGCCUGCGGGACAUAUCAGCUUCAGAAAACGAAGAUAGGGGAGGAUGAUGCCCCCCCGAGCCGGACUGGUCGUUUAUACCUUUUUGAAUUUCGGCAGGAGGGAUCUGUGCGCCCUCCUCUCACACAGCUGCAGCACAUAAACACAGCAGCCAUUUUAGAUUUGAAAUGGUGCCAUGUUCCGUUCCCAGAGGGGCCCGUGCUGGGAGUAGCAGCUGCCACUGGAGAGCUGCAGCUGCACACACUGUCAGACAGCCAGCAGGAAGGCGGCCGUAGGCUGCACCCUCUGUGCAGCGUGGAGGUGGGAGCAGAGCGGCUGGCUCUGUCAUUGGACUGGUCCACUGGAAGAAUGGACAGCAGUGACGUGCGGCUGGUGGCCAGUGACUCUGCAGGCUGCAUCAGUGUGCUCUCCCUGGCUGAAGGUUCUCUGGCGACUCUGUCCCACUGGAAGGCCCAUGACUUUGAGGCCUGGAUAUCAGCCUUCUCCUACUGGGACACUCAGAUGGUUUACUCUGGCGGUGAUGAUUGUAAACUCCGGGGCUGGGACCUCCGCGCUGCCCCCUCCUGCCCCACUUUCACCAGUAAAAGACACUCCAUGGGCGUGUGCAGCAUACACAGCAGCCCCCACCGGGAGCACAUCCUGGCCACAGGCAGCUAUGACGAGCAGGUGUUGCUGUGGGACGGCAGGAACAUGCGGCAGCCGCUCAGUGAGACUCCGGUGGGCGGCGGAGUGUGGAGGCUCAAGUGGCAUCCGACCGAUCCGCACCUGCUGCUGGCAGCCUGCAUGCACAACGACUUCCACAUCCUUCACUGCCAGCAGGGUCUAGAGGGCGGUGGAGGAGCGAGUCGUGUCGUAGCCUCCUACACCCUCCACAACUCCCUGGCGUACGGAGCCGACUGGUCCCAGCUGGCUCUGGAGGAACCGGCCCCCUGCUCCCCCGUGGCUGCAGAACCAAAGGAAAGCCUUGCUGAGAGCGGGGGUCACUUGAGGAUUCAGUAUGAAUCUCCCACUACCAGCUUUGACACUUCCCUGGAGGAUGACUCAGGACGAUACAUCCCAGAGGGCAUUGCAGCGCCUCCUGUAACCACCACUGCGGGCACAGCCCUGCACCCCAAUGCUGAUGCCCAAUCAGCAUCUUACGUGUUGGCGAGCUGCUCCUUCUACGACCACAUGCUGCAUGUGUGGCGCUGGGACUGGACUCCAGAUCACACUGCACUGAAACCCGAUCGAUGUUGACCAAGCUGGAGCAUUGGCACAAUAGAAACAUAUUGUAUCCAAUAUGUACUGACCACAGUCACACAGACCUGGCACUUAAUAUGCAAAUUAGAAUAAUCCUGUAUUUUCCUUAAGGACACUUGAUUUUUAUAAGCUUGGAUUUCAACAUACUGCUUACAAUCAUCCCCAUUUGUCUUCUAGCAGAAUGAUCGAUACCAACCUUCACCCUCAUCACAGCUGUCGUAAGCUGUGGUACUUUGUUAGCAUCUUAUGAAAGAUGGUUCUCAAACAUCGGGCUAGUUUCCAUGUAGGAGGUGAAGUAUUGAUGAUGUAGCCCAGACCAGCUGGUAUAAAGGCUCCUCAAUAGUAAAAGAUGCUGAUCUUCACUACAGUAAAACCAAAUAUAAAGAAGCUACUUAAAUGUACUUACCAUUAUACUUCCUGACCAAUAAAGCUAUGAAACUGAAAAGUUAAUGAUUUGAUCCUUUCAGAGAUGCUCACGAGUCCCAAAGCUCGAGUCCGAGUCGAGUCUGAAGUCACGCGUGUGUGCGACUCGAGUCGCACUCGAGUCCGAGUCUCAAACUCGAGUCCCCAUCUCUUAUCAACGUCCCUUUUACCGUAAAAAAAAACAUACCAACAACGUUUUACUCCUCCUUUACUCUUUACUUAAUGUUUUUUUGUGGUUUUUCCCAUAAAAUGAAAAUACGAAGCGUAGCCGCUAAACCG